AGAAGCAAUCAAAUUAAAGCCACCCUAAAGUUUUGAAAAAAAAAAUAAUAUGGCCACUCUAUCUGAGGCCUAUAGAGAGCAUCCUCUUCACCUUAGACACAUUAUCCCUUUAGACUUUUCUUCAAUUCAAACCUUACCUGAUUCCCACGCAUGGGUUCAUGAUCAUGAUCGCGAUUCUGUUCAGGAACAGAAUCGCGACCAUGAUCAUGAUGAUGAUGGGGGAAUUUCAUCCAUACCCAUUAUCGAUCUCGCGGAUCCGAAUGCAAUGGAGCUCAUGGGGAUGGCGUGUGAGAAUUGGGGUGCCUUCCAAUUGAAGAACCAUGGUGUUUCAAUGAGUGAUAUUGAAGAGGUUGAGAAAGAAGCUAAGAGGUUCUUUGAUCUUCCAACGGAUCAAAAAUUGAAGGCAUUAAGAUCACCUGGUGGGGCCACAGGGUAUGGAAGGGCAAGAAUUUCACCAUUUUUUCCAAAGUUCAUGUGGCAUGAAGGUUUCACCAUCAUGGGUUCUCCAUCUUCAGAUGCUAAGAAGAUUUGGCCUAAUGAUUAUCAAACGUUUUGUGAUAAGAUAGAGAUCUUUCAAAAGCAAAUGAAGGCACUAGCUGAGAAACUAACAAGAAUGAUAUUCAACUUAUUAGAAAUUCCAGAGCAAGAAAAAAAGUGGGUUGGUUCAACCAACUCGAAUAACGGAGCCAUUCAACUAAAUUUCUACCCGGUUUGUCCUGAGCCGAACCGGGCCAUGGGUUUAGCCCCUCACACGGACACAUCCCUAUUCACAAUCCUCCACCAAAACCAAACCAAUGGCCUCCAAAUUUUUAAAGAAGGGAAGGGUUGGGUUCAUGUAAACCCUAACCCUAAUUCCCUUAUUGUUCACACCGGUGAUUUCUUGCACAUUAUUUCUAAUGCAAGGUUUAAAUGUGCACUUCACCGUGUGGUUGUGAAGAGAACAAAAAAACGUUACUCUGUGGCUUAUUUCCAUAAUCCACCAUUGGAUUAUGUGAUUUCUCCAUUGGUGGUGAAUUCUAAUGAUGCAAGAUUUCGUAGGGUUAGUGUGAAGGAGUAUUUUGGGAUUAAGGCAAAGAAUUUUGGUGAAGCACUUUCUUUGAUUAGUACUAGCUAGCUAGCUAAUUACAAGGAUUAUUGAAUUCAAAUGUGUUCAUUAUUAAGCUCCA